CCCCAUCCCCACACAGACUUCUCUCUUCCCUCAUUUCUUCUCUUCCCCGUAUCUUCUCUUCCUCGUUUCUUCUCUUCCCCACUUCCGUUUCUCUCCCCCACCCUCAAAGACCUCUCUCUUCUUCAUUCCAUUCAUUCUCUUCCCCAUUUCCGUUUUCUCCCUUCUCUUCCUCCAUUGGUUCCAUUUUCUUUCCUUCCAUUGUUCGUGCUGUGGAGGACUGUGUAGGAGUUUGGUGCUUUGUUCGCAGUUGAUUUUUCUCCGAUCCAGGGCAAAUGGGGAAUGGAGACGCUCACGAAGAAGACUGUAGUGUUGUAGGAAGAACCUCCUAAAGAAAAAUUUGUAGAUUGGGCCGACCCAUUUAAACAAAGCCAUCGUUUGCAGAGGAGAGUGAGUCGACGAAGAUAAUCCAAAACCAAACAUGUCCUCCCUUCGAAACGCCAUUCCCAGUCGUGCGCACAAAGAGCGUUCUCAACCGUCAGCGAGGAAAAAAUUCGGCUUGCUCGAAAAGCAUAAGGAUUAUGUCCAACGUGCUAAAGCAUUCCACAAGAAAGAGGAUACUUUACGGAAACUUAGGGAAAAAGCAGCUAAUAGGAAUGAAGAUGAGUUUUACUUCAAGAUGGUUAGAACAAAAAUAGUUGAUGGAGUUCACAGACCAGAGAGUGAAGCAAAUAAGUACACUCAGGAAGAGCUUAUGCUUAUGAAGACGCAGGAUAUGGGUUACAUUCUUCAGAAGGUUCAGAGUGAGAGAAAGAAAAUUGAAAGGCUAGCUGCCUCGCUACACUCUAUUGAUAAUCAACCUGCAAACAAACAUGUUUUCUUUGCUGAGGACAGGGAAGAGGCUAAAGAAUUACAAUCAAGAUAUUCCAAAAGUGAAAUUCCUCUUACUAUCGAUAAUAUUCUUACUGGCAUUAAGAGGAAAACAGAUCGGUCUUAUAAAGAGUUGGAAGCAAGAAAAGAUAGACUCAGCCAACUAGAGAAAAUCUACAUGGAUAUGGCAAUGAAGAAGGAGCUGCAGAAAAAUGGUAGGAAACGCAAACUAACUGAGGAUGAGAUUGUCUGUCCAACAAGUCAACCAGUGUACAAGUGGCGUGCUGAAAGAAAACGAUGAUUGAGUUCUUUUUGGCCUUUUUACUAUUUAGCACAAUGAUUAAAUACUUGUGGGUUGGGUCCGAGUAGUCCAAUGAAGAAGGCGAUUUUACAUAUAGAGAGGAAACAUCAACUUUUGUAGCCGCAGAAUAGAAAGUCAUAGAUUAAUACGAUUAAUUGGGAUCACUAUUGGUGCCAAUAACUGUCGCUUUCUUGUUUUCAAUUCCUUUAUCAUGUAACCAUUUUGUUUACUCUUUUGA